AUGUCCCAGCACAUCCUUCUGAUUGGCGGCCAUGGCAAGGUCGCGCAGUUCAUGACGCCGAUUCUGCUCUCGCGCUCGUACGCCGUCACGUCGAUGAUCCGCGACCCGGCGCAGUCGGCCACCAUCAACAAGUUGGGCGAGGGCCAGCCGGGCAAGCUAAACGUGCUGGUGAGCAGCGUCGAGGACGUGAAGAGCGAGCAAGAUGCAAGGAAAAUUCUGGACGAGGUGAAGCCGAGUUGGGUCAUCUGGAGUGCAGGCGCGGGUGGAAAAGGUGGGGCGGACCGUACGUACGCGGUUGACCGCGACGCAGCCAAAGCCUUCAUCAAGGCGUCGACGGCGUCGGCCAGCGUCUCGGCCUUCCUGAUGGUGUCGUACCUGGCAUCGCGACGCACCAAGCCGACGUGGUGGAGCGACGCCGAGUGGGCUAGCGCAACGAAGCUCAACACGGAGAUUCUGCCGGACUACGCCAAUGCCAAGAUAGCCGCGGACGAGUACCUGGCGGCGAUGACGAAGAGGCGGGGCGGCGACUUUCGGGGCAUCUGCCUGCGGCCGGGCACGCUGACGGAUGAGCGGGCGGGUGGCGUGGAGCUGGGGAAGACGGGGGGGAGCGGUGGGAAGGUGAGCAGGGAGGCAGUGGCCCAGGCGGCAGUGGAGGUGCUUGGCAGCGGGUACAAGGGCGGCUGGCUGGAUCUUCUGGACGGGAAGGAGGAUGUGAGCAAGGCGGCGGAGAGGGUGACCAAGGAGGGAGUGGAUGUGUUUGAGGGCGAGGAUGUUGAGCGGAUCCAUGCGUUGGCGGACUGA